AUGUUUAUCAGCACUCUAUCGACUAUGCUAUUAAUGCUUUUGACCAAUUCAUCAGAAGCAAUGAUGGAUGCAACAAUGGAUUCAACAACCGAUGCAGUUGUAAUUCUUGCUGUUUCUACAGUUUUAGGUAAAGAAAACUCUACUCCUACAGGUUCCAUAGUGGGAGGCACAACAUUAUACAUGAAAGUUUAAGGAUUAGAUUAAACAGCUAGUAACAAUGCUGUAUAUAUUGGAAAGUAUCCUUGUAUUAUUUCCGAUAAGGGAGUCAACGGAUUGUUCAUGAACUGUAAAACAACAAAACCAGAUCCAGAUGACAAUAACUUAUCUAGCUUAGAAAUUGUUGUUAAGGUAUCAGGUAAACCAGACUCUGUUUGUACAUUUAGUGGUCCAUAAUGUCAUUUCACAUACUCUUAAUACUAUACACCAAAAUUAUUUUAUGUGACUCCAAGGAUCAAAUUAUCCAAGAACAUUAAGUUAUUGGAGGAGCCCAAGUGGGCUAGGGACAAUUCAUGGGAGCUAACAGAUGUGACAGAUUCACAGUUCAAGAUCAAGUAUCCAGAUGAGAUCAAUUUCUGGGAUGAUCAAGUUGUAUGUCAGGUUUCAGCUGAAAUCAAAGCUGGUUACUAUGAUUAUACUAUUAAAUCAUAAAGUGGAUAUCAAACUAAUGACGUAGGAGUUAAAUAAAAAAGAGUUUAAUCUGACAGAACAUACGACUCAAAAGUUCUUCCAAUUAUUACAGAGAUUAAUACAAAUUUCGCAUCGCCAGAAGGAUAAAUUAUCGAAAUAUCUGGAUAUGGAUUUAGUCCAAUCCCAUCUGAGAACACAGUUAAAAUUUCAGGCUAAGCUGAAACUAUUUAAGUGUUAUCAUCAACCCCAACUACAAUCAAUGCCAAAAUACCAAAACUAACUAAUUUACCUACUCUUGCUGAUGCUACUGAGAGUUCUGUUUUCAUCUAAGGAAGUGGAUUACAUUAUACUAGAUGGGAUGUUUCUGGAUUAAAUUUGAAUUGUGCUUCAUUUAGAACAUAAAUCAUUACUAACAAAGCUUAAUUAAACAGUAGAAUUUAAUUUGAUGGUAUUUAUCCAGAACCUGAUGUCUAAAAUUAAUUUGGAGAAUAUUAUGGAUAAUACUUUAGAGGUUUCUUAAAAGCACCAUUCACUGGAAAUUAUAGAUUCUAUGUUGCUUCAGAUGACUGUGCUUAAUUCUUUAUUUAAACAGCUUAAGUUAAAUAACCAAUUAGACCAGAUACUGCAACAGCUGCAAGUGGAUGGAAUCCUUAUAGAAACUAUUGGUAUGAAUAUUUGACUUAUUCCUAUAACAUCAAAUCUAUAUCUGAAACUCUUAUGAUCUCAAAUGGAGCAUCAGGCGGAUAUCUUACACUUUCUAUGGAAGUUGAGAGUGCUACUAGAAAAUCGAACUCACUAAAUAGUGUCUAUGAAAUUUCAACAUCUUACACACCAGUUAAAGAAGUGAUUGAAAUCACUUUAUAUAAUUCUGUUGGAAAUACUUUAUUAGCAGGUAAGUAUUAACUUUAAUUCACUUAUGGCACUAAGACUACACCACAAACUACUUUAUUUUACUCAUACACUACUGGAGAUAUUGUACCAAAUGCCAAUGCAAAUGCUAUUAAGAAUGCAAUCUAAAAUUGUGGAGCAGGUUAUUUAGUAACUGUUAUAGCUACUAAGUUAGAUAAUACUGGAGUUGCUUUAGAUGACACUGCAACAACGUUUGCUGGAUAUAAAUAUACAAUUACAUUUGAUUCUCAUAGAGGUACGACCAAUUAUAGAGCACUUCCAAAGUUUGUAUCAUUCUCUUUAAAUGGAGGAACUCCUGUUAAAGAUAUUGUAAGAACUCAAGAACCACUUGAUCCAAUCAGUGGAACAUUCUAGUUAACAAUGACUAUUAAUGGAAUUGACAAUUUAUUCUAAGUGUCUGCUAAUGUUUAUGAUUUACCUUUUGAUGCAUCAACAUCAUUGAUUGCUGAUAAUGUUGAAAGAAUUACUGGAGAAAGACCAUUUGUUUGGACAGUUGGAAGAGCAUAAGAUGGAUGGAAAUGGUUCGUUGUUUUAAGAUCUAAUGUUGAUUAAUUAACUGAUUUUUCAGUUUCAACCAAUGUUCUUGUUUCAGGAAAUGGAGAUGUAACUGCUGCUGUUACUAAACCCAUACCAGAUAGUACUAAUUUAUUAUUUGAACCUAUACCAAAUGAAAUACUCUUUACUUAUAGUUAACACCCUUAAGUUUAAGUUGAAGUUUAAUACCAAAUAAAAGAAAAUAAUGUUGUUGUAGAAACAGAAUAAAUUUUAGCUGGUUGCGAAUAAUUUGAAGCAUGUGAUUUCACUUUAAGUGAUGAAAAGACACCAACAUUAACAGCUUACUCUGUUAGCGGAUCUCAAUUAUCAUUAACUCUAGCACAAGGAGCUGGUUUAUCAAUAACUAAGACAGACUUAGAUAUUUCAUUUGAAGGAGCUGAUUGCACAAAUAUUCAAUUCUCCACCUUCACAUCACCUUACUCAAUCACUUGUACUUUAGAAUAAUUGAAUUCAUAAAACAUUAAGGAAACUGGUGAUAAUUAAGUGCCAGCUAUACAUCAUAAAGCUAUUGGUUUCUCUAAAGUUGAAGCAGGAGUAACUGGAGAAAAUGUUGGUUUGGUUAUAUCUUCAAUUUUACCAGCAACAGGUUCACCAGAUGGAGGUACAACUAUUACUAUUACUGGUACUGGAUUCCCUAAAAAUCUAAAUAGAGAUUUUACAUUCUAAAUUGAUGGCUAAGAUGUUCAUCCAUUAUCAAUUACUAAUACCUAGAUUAUUUUUGUUACACCAAAGAAAGCAAGUGGGGGAACUGGAGCAAUUUCUUUCUCAUACAAUUAAAAAACAGUCACUAGUAGCUUAUUUUCAUACGAUGAUGCUUUAAGAAUCUAAGUGUAAUCCUUAGAAUUCAAUUCAAAAACUCCAGUAUUCAAAGGUGAAAUGACAAUCACAGGAACCAAUUUCGGAACUGUUGUUGAUGAUAUCAAAGUUACUUUAGUUGGAUCUAAAUCUUAUAAUGCUAAAGUUAUUUCUAGGAGGAAUGCCCUGGUGACUAUAGAAGUUACUAUUACUAGAAAAAAUUAUGGUAAUUCAUAUGCCAAUUCGAAUGAUAACUUAUUUAAAUAUAUCAUUCCAGUCACUAGUGUUACCUUGGAAGAUGGCACUAGCUAAGCAAAAGGAUCAGAGGCAGGAGGAACAGUUAUUAAAAUAACAGGAUCUAACUUUGUUUUGGGAGAAACUAUUGUAUUUGUUGGUUAAGCUGUUAAUUGGAUCUGUGAAAUUGAUGAAACUAGAUUCACAAGUGAAGUCAUUUAUUGCUCUGUUCCACCAAAAUGUGAAUACUAUAACUAAUAAGCUUAGUUAGUUGUUGUAACAGUACAAGUAACUCUUGAAUCAACAUGUCUUGAUACCACAAAUAAUUGCUUAUUUACUUAUGAUAAUACAUUAAAUCCAACAAUUGAAAACUAUCCAGAAUCCAGCACUUAAUAUACAGGAUCAAGAAUUUUGACAGAGUCUGAUCAUUAAAAACCAGAUUAUUAAAAAUUAGUCUAAAGAAAGAGAUUUUUAUGGACAGAUGAAUCAAAGAAAUAAGGCAUCAAUCACAUUUUAAACCUUGGUAAAUCACCAAGAAGAGAUAUGUUGUCAUCUGCUGAUUUAGUUUUAAGUUAAUAAAAGACUUAUGCCCCAGGAGAUACAGAAACCUUAACUGGAACAGGAUUAACAGAUACAGUUUUUAUUGUUUUCAAAGGUCCAGUUACCUAAAAAGUAACUGCAACAAUUUCUGGAUCAUCAUUCACUUACACAAUUCCAAAUUUACCUUAGGGCUAAUAUAAAACUUAUGUUUUAACUAAGAAUGGUUAUGCAGAUAAGAUUUGGGUUACUGUAAUUGGAUUAAGCAUAACAUCCAUUGAUACUGCUGUUAUUGGUGGAUAAAUAUUGACAAUUAACGGAGUUGGAUUUAAUGCGGAUUAAUCUGCAAGUGUAAAAGUAGGAACAACAGACUGUACUGAACUAUAAGUAGUCUCAACUGUUUAAAUUAAAUGUAGACUGGCUAGACAAUCAGCCACAUCUGCAGCAGUAACACUCUCACAAUUACCUUCUGAAAAUAAUUCAGCAGUUCCUAUUACAGCAACAUUUACUUUGACUAUAAGCCCAUCUACUAGCUCUCCAUUAUUCACAGCAAUUACCGGUGCCUCCUAUGACUCUACCCAAAAGGCUUACUUAGCUACAGCAGGAAAUGUUGUUCUUGUAUUCGCUGGUAGUAGACUUACCGGCACUACACUUGUAGUCACAUUAGAACAUAUGGGUCAUAAGAUAGCUGGAACUUCUUCAGCUUUAUCUGAUACCUCAGUAACAGCUACCUUUUCAAAUUUAGCUGCAGGAGUUUAUUCAAUUAAUUUAUUAGUUGAUAAUAAAUAUGCAUACAUCAGUGAUGUUACUAAAUAAAAAUUAAUUGUUAGUGCUGCUGCACCAACUUCUACUAAUCCAUAAGUAUCCUAUGCUGGUGGUGCAACUGUUACAUUUACAGGAACCGGUUUCGAUACAGUAAAUGAAUAAAAUUCAGUCAAACUGUGCGGAUUUGAUUGCCCAAUUACAAGUGCAACAUACACAACACUUUCAUGCGAAACUCCAAAAUUAUUGACAUCAUCAGUUUUAAGUUAAUAUACUGCUUUAUCAGAACCUGCAAGAUAUAUUAAACCAUCAGAAGUCACAUUAUUAGCUGAUUCAACAACCUCAGUUUCUAAAUUCUUUGAUUUACUCUAAUCAACUUAUUAUACUUCUAGUGCUGCUUCAAAUUGUUAUGUCUAAGUUGACUUUGGAUCAAGUAGAAUUUUGAAAUUACAUUAAUUAAGAUACAUGCCAAGAAUAGACAAAUAAGCAAUUUUAUUGAAAGAUGCAGUGUUCUAAUAUACAACUGAUGGCACUAAUUGGUAGACUUUGUUAACUGUUGAUUAAACAGUGCAUACAGGUUGGAACAUUUACGUUCCUUAAACUGAUAUCUCAGGAAUCAAAGCAGUUAGAUUGUUUGAUUCAAGAGGAUCAACUGGAUCAUCAUGCUAAUUAGCUGAAAUUGAAUUGAAAGGUUGGAUAUUGUCAAAUAGUAAUAAUGCAUACUCAGUUCCAACUUCAUGUAAUGCAGAAAUCUCAGUAAAUGGUUAAUCUCUUGGUACAGUAUCAAAUGCUGUUAGUUACUCCUCAUCUAGUGUUCCUAUUGUUAAUGCUGUCAGUCCAGCUACAGGUAGAUUUACAGAAGAAGCAGUUAUUACAAUUACUGUAACCAUAGAUGGAGUCACAUGUGCAAUUUAGAGUGUUUCAACAACCUAAAUUGUCUGUAAAACUGGAGUCAAAGAUCUAGAAUAAACUCAAUUAAAUGGAGUAUUUUAAGUUAGAGUUAAUGGAAAUUUAGCAGUUAAUAACAAAUAAUUCAUUUAUGCAACCAAAUGGUCAGAUAUCAAUACUUGGGGUGGGUAUGAAUAUCCAGGUGAUGGAGAUUCAGUUAUUGUUAAUGCUGGAUAAACUUUGAUUGUUGAUGUUAAAACUCCUAAGAUGAUGCAAGUCUUAGUUGAAGGAACACUUACAUUCUCUGAUGAAGUAGAUACAUCUUUGGAUGCUCAUUUUAUUGUUAUUAGAGAAGGAAAAUUCAAUAUAGGAACAGAAUUAGUGGCUCAUUAACACAAUGUAUAGAUUACCCUAUAUGGAGUUGAAGAAGAUACUUAAAUGCCUGCUAUGGGUAACAAAGUUUUGGGAUGCCAUCAAUGUUAAUUAACUAUUCAUGGUAAAGAAAGAACUCCAACUUGGACAUUAUUAUCAAGUACAGCAUCAGUUGGAGCAACUCAAAUUACAGUAGAUGAUGCAGUAGACUGGUAAGUUGGAGAAUAAAUUGUUAUUACUUCCAGUGAAGUUGAACACAUGCAAAGUGAAAAAAGAUACAUUACAGCAGUUAGUGCUGAUAAAAAGACUUUAACUCUUGAUUAACCACUUACUUAUAAACAUUAUUCAGAUGUUGAAACAUUUGAAACAGAUUCAUUCCCUAUGAAGGUUGAAGUUGGUUUAUUGACUAGAAAUAUUGUUAUUCAAGGUGAAUAAUCAGAAUUGAAAUAUGGUUAUCAUUUGAUGAUUCAUGGAAGAGCUGAGAAAGGAUCAGUUGGUAAAAUAUCAUAUGCAGAAUUCAGAUAUGGUGGUUAACCAAGAAUUAUUGGUAGAUAUCCUGUCCAUUUCCACUUGAAUGGAGAAGUAGAUGAAUCAUAUGUUGUUGGUAAUGCUAUUCAUGAUUGUUAUGCUCGUUGUUUGACUAUUCAUGGUGUUCAUUAUUUGAAGGUUUAGAAGAAUGUAUGCUAUAAUACUUUUGGACAUGCCAUAUUUCUUUGA